CUCGCUGUAACCGACACUUCUCUCUAAUGGCUUCGUUGACGAGGCCAAGCGCGGCUUCUCUCGCCCGGAGAUGUACAAGGAGAACCUCGCCGACACCGUCGACGCCUACGACCGCCACGUGUUCCUAUGCUACAAGAACCACAGCGUGUGGCCGCCUCGCAUCGAGGCCUUCGAGGCCGAUCCCCUUCCAAAACGCGUCGCCAGUGUCUGGAAAAGCUUGCAAAAACGACGUCGCCGUCAAGAUUCUGCAGAGUAGCAAUAGCAUCAAGCUGAGACUGAGUGCUAUAAUCGCUGUUGAUUACAAACCCAACCCAGAAGAAGCAAUUGCUACCUUAUUUGCUUUGCAAGAAGAGAGAGUAAGCAUGGCUGCCAAAGUCAAGUCUGCUGCUCUCUGCCUAUCACAAUGGAGGAGACUCAGCAGAACUGCCAAACUUCCAUACUUUAACUUUCCUUCAAUGGAAGCAAACGCAAAACAAAGAAGAUGAAUCCUCAUCCGGUAGACAGAGAAGUUAUUAAGAUACAUG